AUGUGCAUUCAAAUCAACGGUCUUCCCAAGGCCAUCUUCAAGAAGAUUACAGGGGUUGGCCACUCAUCUGCAUUCUCACAGGCACUCAAGCAUAUGCUUACGAAGGAUGCUCAUGAUGAUAAUAAGAUGGUGCAGGGACCAGAGAUUAGAGGGCUCAAUGGAGAUGUUCUGGACUGUCUGAAAGAUGGAUACCGUGUAGGCAAGCAAGCAGCACAAGCCCUGAAACCCAUGCAAAUCAUUACACCAAGCAGACAAUUGAUGGAUGCGACACCUGACAUGGUGCAUAAUGCAUCUCAUCAUGCUUGUGGACAUGUCAGGAAUGUUCCCUCCCUGGAAGCUUCUCAUGUAUGGACCCUGGCUGGUAUCAUGCAGUCUCUUCAAGAACUGUAUGAUGACCCAACACCUACACCAUCUCUGGACAAGAUUGGUGAUGAUUAUGUUCCUAGCCAGCAAGGCAAGAAGAAGACCCCUGUAGAGAAGGUCACAGAGGCAGCCAAAUGCAAUGACAGAAAGAAGGCCAUCACAGAUGCUGUCAACUUAGCUUAG